AUGAAUGCUUUAUCUAAGCAGAGAAAAUCAUCACCAUCACUUAAUGGUUCUUUAAACUCAUCCCACUAUACAACACAUUCAUUAGAUCAACAUCAAAUUUCAAUAUAUAAUAAUUUACAACAACCAACAUUCGAAAUAAAAUUAGUUCAAUUACAAUUUCAAUUAAGCAAUGAUUUACAAAAACUAUUAGUAUCAAAUAGUUUGAUGUAUUUGUUCACACUGAACUUAUUAUAUAAAAUUGAUUUAAACAAUCCUUCACAAGUUUUAAAAUACAAUCUACCUUCGAAUGAUGUAAUCACAAACUCUUGGAUAAAUUCGACUGGGGAACACUUAAUUAUUAAGACCAAAUUCAUACAAUAUUACUAUUUAAACACUAAAUAUAAGAAUUUCAAAGCAUUGAACAAACUAAAGAAUUUUGAUAUUGAUCAUAUCACGUUUAUACCAAGUACCACAUUACUAUUAUCAACUUCGUCAGGAGUAGUUUAUUUAUGUACUUUGAAACCUCAUAUAGAUGAUCAUAACAAUAAGAAAAGUGAUAUUCUACAUUUGAAACAGAUUCAUAAAUUCGAACCUCAAAUUCAAGGUGUUUUAGUAUCUAACACUCAAAUUAAUGUAAUUGCACAAUUUAAAGUAUAUACUUGGGCAACUUUCGAUUUACAAUAUGAAGAACUACUAAAAGUAUUCAAAACUCAACCAACUGUAAAAGAUAUUUUACAUCAUAGUAAUACUUAUUUGUUCACCACAAGGAAUGAUAAAUUUUUAUUUUUAUCCAAUGAAAUAACUACAAACGAUGACGAAAUUUUCAUCCACAAGUUAAACGAUUCACUUCAGGAUAUAAUCAUGACCCCUCAUCAUUUAAUUGGGUAUACUGCUGAGAACCAAAUCCACAUUCACAAUAAGCUAAAUCAAGAUUUGAAGACGUUACCAUUUGAGAAUGAAUCAAUCAAGGGUAUUGUUUGUGACGAUAAUACAUACUGGAUAUACACAAAUAAUAAUAUUUAUGAAUUACUAAUUUAUAACGAAAAUUCUUCCGUAUGGUACGAUUAUUAUUUAAUGAAUAAAUUUGAUGAAGCCUUAAACUAUUUGGAUGAUAAUGAAGAAAACUUUUUCAAAAGAGAUUUAGUGUUAAUAAAACAAGGUUAUGAUUAUUUAACAAAAGGGGGAUUUGGUAUAGAAACUACGAAUAAAGAUUUGAUACUUUUACAAGAAAAAGGAAUAAAAUUAUUGGCUAAACUGACAGAACCAUUUGAAAAAGUUUGUCUAAUGUUAAUUAGAUCAAAUUCAACAAGGUUACUAAUUGAUUACCUUUUGACCAAGUAUAUGCUAAAUAAGAAGAAUAGAGUAAGAGCUGUCAUACUAUCAACAUGGAUUAUUGAAUUAAUGAAUAGAAUAAAUGAUGAAAGAUUUUACGAAUAUACUAAGAAGAACUUCAAACAUUUUGACAAGAAGUCAAUUUUCGGCGUGUUAAAUAAAGAUGAGAAAGCUUUAUUUUACGCUGAAUUAAUUGAAGAUUAUAAAUUCAUAUUAGACUAUCAUAUGGAAAAUAAGAAUUGGGAGCUCGCAACAAAGACUUUAAUCAAAUUAUAUACAAAUGAUGAACUUGAAGAAGUAUAUCGAACUUCAAGUCAAUUUCUACUAAACUAUCCUAAAAUAAUUGAGACUUGGCUUAAAUUCGAUGAGUUAGAUUUUGAUAAAUUUUUACCAGCGUUAUUGAUCUAUAUUGAUAAAAACAAGAAUUUAUCAAUCAGUAAAAAUUAUGCUGUACGGUUUUUACAAAAGGUUCAUGACAAAGGUUUUAAGCUGAAGAAUCUUAACAAUUACUAUUUAUCAGUAUUAAUCACUUAUCAAACAACAGAACAGGACACUAUUAAUCAUUUAAUUAUCAAAUUUAUAACUAAUGAAAAAUCUUACGAUCAAAAUUUUAUAUUAAGAUUAUGUAUACUCAACAAGAAAUUACAUCCAGCGAUUUUGAUAUUUAUAGAUAUGGGUUUAUUCGAACAAGCCUUAGAUCAUGCUUUAAAAAAUAACUCGGUUGAAAUGGGAGAAAUUGUGUUGAACAAGUACGAAGAGAUAAUAGAUGAGGCCAAGGAGAAUCACGAAGAAGAAGUAGAAAAUGAUCAUUUCAUAAAGUUGGAGAAGGAUAGCUACAACAUACGUAGGAAGUUAUGGUUAAAUUUCUCAAAAUAUAUGAUAAAUAAUAUAUGCCUGGGUGAAAAAAUUGGGAUUGAAAAUUUGGAUAAUUCAAAGAAUAAACUAAAUUCACUGUUAAAUUAUAUCUUGAGUAACUCACCAUUGAGUUUGAAAGAUUUGUUACCUUUAUUCCCAGAAACUGUAAUGAUAAACGAAUUUAAAGAUGAAAUCAUUAACUCCUUGAACGACUAUAAAAGAAAUUUACAGGAGAUUAAUUUAAGAAUUCAAGAUAAUUAUGGAUUGUUGACCAAUUUGAAGAGGGAAGUUUCGAAAGAAAACACUAAAGAUUAUGAAUCUUCAAUAACAAUUUCACCAGGAUCAUCUUGUCAAUUAUGUAAAAAUUUAUUGAUCACCAAGAACCUAAUCUUUUUCAAAAAUUGUGGUCAUGGAUUUCACAAAGAAUGUUUAAUCCGUUACUAUUUUAAGUCAAAAGGUAAUUAUAAUUUCAAAAAAGUGUAUCAACAAUUUUUAAAAUUGAAUAAAAAAUCUCCUACUGAAGAAACAACCAAUAAUAACGAGCAUCAACAACAGGUUGAUCUUAAAAAUCAGAUUGACGAAAUGCUUUGCAAGGAAUGUGUGUUAUGUAACGAGUCGAACAUUAACAAUGUUGAUGUUGGAUUCCUAGAUGAUUAUAAUUUCAAUGUUGAAGAAAUGAAAUCUUGGAGUCUAUGA